UUCGAGGUCUGCGCGCUCCCGCGGAAGUGGCUGCCAGGAUUCCUGCCUUCUGGAAACUGACGCUGUUGUAUAACGUUACCAACGUUUCGGGGGAAACUUAUGUUUCCAUCCUCAGGGUAGGAGGGUAAGAUGAGAGUGGUACAUGCCGUUAGGAUCGCUGCAAAAUGAGGCUGCCUGUGUUUGUACUCGUGUCACUCCUGCAACUGGCCAACUGUUUGCCCAUUGUUGACCCAGGGUUGUUUGUUAUCAUGGGUGUUCGGUCAUGCCGCGCAGGGACGGGCUAUUGUCUCCUAGGGCUUGAUUGCACCCUCGAUGAGGACUUCUUGCCUGACGAUCAAGGUGGCCACUGUGACGGCCUGAGGUCUGCGUUCACCCCGAGUGCGCAUUUCAUCUGCUGCCGCUACAAUGCUGCCAACAGAACGAUUCCUCCAGAAACUCUCCCACUUCCAGUCCAUCUGACAGACAACGACUUGGCGCCCUUCAGUGACUACUCCAACACAGACAGCAUUGGCACAGGCGCGGAGGCGUAUGGGGCCAGUAACAGUCAUGAGUCUGAUCAAAGUAACUUUGUUCAGAGUGUUGAAGCUUCAGGCUUUGAGACAGGCAGCGCUGGGCCCAUGGACCCAUCCCAUGCUUCUUGGACUCUGCUGCCAGAGACUGAUGCCAGCAGCACAGCAGCAACUGAAACGGUCACUGACAACGCUUUGUCACGUACAACGAACCAAGAAGAAGUUUCAGUGACAGAAACGACGGAGUUCGACGCUCAGUCCAACAGGUACGUGACUGACAUUAACACCACCGUGCAAAGUGUGUUAGGAGAUGACGAACCGACAAGUUCAGAACACGAUGACACGACAAGGAGUGGAGAAAAAACAACGAGGACAACGAUUACAGAAUCAUCUGUGACUGACUUCACAACACAAAUGCAGGACCAGAGCUCAAGCACAAAUUCUGGUGUGAAAUCGUCUGGUGAUAAUGUUACUAGUGACAUCAAUGUUACUGGUGAUAGCAGCUCGAAAGUGAGACCGAUUCAAUCAAGAGUCGAUUUCGACGGACCGCUGAUGAUGGUUCUUACUGACCGAGGAAUUGUGGAGGCACGCCCAAGUGUGGUCAGAGCUGAGACGGAAAUUGUGGUCCAUGGUGACAAAGUGAGGCACAGGGAUGUGGAGGUUCAGAAUCUAGACUUCACUCCGAGUAAUACGGUAGCCCAGACAGCGGACCAUGAAAAUGAGUUAUCUGCUAAUUUCGAAACGUGGACGACAGAUGUUGUAGCGGAAACUCUGAGCCCUACGGGCACAGCAACUGAGGCUUAUCCUGCGGUCACGGUUAGUGAAGCAGAUUCUGAAGGCACAGGAACUUCGUUUGUGGGCGAUGUGGUAACAACGUCACUUCAGCCAGUGCAUGAACCCUCGGUUAUACCUACAAAUGGCACCACGGCAAGUUCAGAAUCAGGCGAAGCUUCGAUAAAAUUAUACGGAGACACAAAACUACUGCUAGACUUUCAUCCAAAUUCAGUGGCAGAUGCUAAUGAACUUUCAGGGUCACAGACAAAGACAUCUAACUCGGUUCAGGCUUCAGAAUUGGAUAAUUCACUGUUGUACAAAGCAACAGAAAACCUAAUAUCAAGAACCCAAGAUUCAGUUGUGUCCAAAAGUGAAAGUAUCGAGCAUAUUGUAAGUGAAUCAGUGUCGGCAAAUGACAGGCAUGUCUCUGGGAAGGAGGCAAGUAUUGUUACUGAGAGCAGUACACAAGCCUUGUACAAGGAUGCUGACGGGACAGGUUUACAGCUGACAUUUUCUAAAUUGAACAGUAUGGACACAGAGUCUCAACCUGAAAACAGUGAAUCAGAAAUUCCCGAAAAUAUCCUCGAUAUGUCUGAAAUAACUAAUGAAAUUCCUGUCACGAUUCAAACCGAACUUUCAGUACACGAAACAGUGACAAUUUUAUCGGAGAAUACCGUGACGCCAUUUGGGAAAUCUGAUGACACUGAGACGGGACGCAUUGCACAGACUGUGCGGGAGCCUUCUGUCAGGGAAAGUGACGGAGUUUCUGUACCGAGGAAGGAAGAAUGUUCAGGUGACUGCAAUGGGAAUGUAGUACCCACAGCAACUGAAGCUGAGGGUGUGGUCAGUGAAUCGACAAGGAGCGCUGAAAGUAUUACAGAAGAUUUUCAGAAUCCAGAUAUAACAGAACCGUAUGAAACAGAUGCAUGUAUGAGGCCAAGCGUAGAGGAGGUCGAAAGGUUUUCGCUGCAAACUGAACAGUUCUCUGCUUCAGAAACAUUCACUGAACACUCCAGCUCAGACGGUACUCAGCAGCUCCCCGAAAUCACAACUUUGCCAUCAGACGUAGAAAUGACAGUAUCUGCGAAACAUACAAAAAUCAGUAACACUGAAGAGAGUCUUUCGUCUUCCACUGCUAAUCCAACAGCAGGAUACCAGCUGCGGUCUGGUGCUCACAGUGAGAAUCAAGAGGACACCUCUUUCCUGAACAAUAUCUCAGAUCCGGUUCCAACGUCGACCGUAAUUCACACCGAGAUUGUGGUCACCUCCGAAGGACCGACAGUGUGGCCUGUUGUAGUCGACACAGUUGGAAAUUCCGGUUCUCCGAGUGCUUCAGGGACCUCCAAACCUUCCAGCACGACGCCAGCCGUUGCGACAACACCAGAAACCAGCAAACGCUCACUACUCUGCGGAGUUGCGGCUGCACGGACGUUCCCUGGAACGCAGUGUUGGCUGGUUCAGUUUAUGAAUGCGAACAGCAGCGUCCCUGUGUGUGUGGGCAGCUACCUGGACGCCAGUACCAUCGUCACAUCGGCCAAAUGCAUCUCCAGAGUGUUCGAUAUGGGGGUAGCCCAGAUGACUCUGGUCAGCGCUGGAGGCGCAGUGACGUCACACACCCGGAUUCGCGACGUCGUGGUGCAUGAAGAGUACAGAAACCAUGGCGCCGAGCUGCUCCUCAACGACAUAGGUCUCCUGCGUUUGCAUCUCCCCGCAUCCCGAAUGCCGCCUGCUGCAUGUGCCCUCUGCCUGCCAACGUCUGAUCGUGACCUCCUGGACAGACCUUGCGAUGGCAUUACCUUGGGUCAGGUCAAGCCAAAGUCCCUGCAACCCGACGCGCAGAUUGGCAGCCCUAUGGUCUGCAGCGGAGGUGUGCUGGCGGGCAUAGCAUCGUAUUACAACCCUGGUCCUGUGUACACCCCGGUCAGUGAUUACGUCACAUGGAUACAGACAAAUCAGAAGAUACACGACAAUUCAGAUAAUGAGUGGAAAUAGGGUUAACGCUAACUAUAUUGUUGGCACCCCUGCUGUGUUUCCUGCUGCUAGGGUGUAGGUGCCUGUUCAUGUCACGUUUAUGGGGCCCUGUGACUUAGGUGAGGGGUUUCUCGUCCUUCACCCAAUCGCCAACCUGGAGGACUACCCCCUGUUGGCUAUUCAGGUUUCACUAGUUCGCUUCCUGUCAAAUUAUCACAUAAUUACUUGCCCAGUUUUGUUAGUUUAACCUUUCUCUCCUCCGCCUCUCUGCUUUUUCCGCGUUUUAUCUGUCUACCUUGCUUCGCCCCCCCAGAAACCAGCCCUCUUAAAGGGAAAAUUUCCUUUAUACUCUUUUCCUUACUGCUAUUGGUUCGCUCUGUGCUCCAAGACUGCUACCCCCUCUCCCGCCCAGCCCUCGUACAAGUUCCCCCAGGCCCGGCCAUCUUCUGGCUUGAAGAUGCAGACAGCACUUUUCUCUACCUGACUACACGGCGUCACAUCCCAGAAGACAGUGAUAUUUAUUGACGGCUGUUUGGCGGCUGCAGCGAGGUGCGGUAAGUUGGGCCCUGCGUGUGUAAGAUGGUUUGAAUACAAGCCAGAAGUUAAAGGAAAAGUCGCAAAAUCCGACUGAGAAGACUAGAGGAUGCAGAGAAUGAUUUAUGACGGCCGGAAGUGAAGGAUAGAAGGUGAAGGUGUAUAAUAGUGAAGAUUGGUGCGAAGGUUCUUGGAGGACGGCAGAGCGAAGGAGUAAGUAAGUAAGUACGCGCAAUGUACGAGCAUGUGUAACUUCGUCAGUUGCUUACAGUUUUAUUUUGCAGUUAUUUAUCCGAGAAGAGAUGUAAGUUUGCAACUAGACCUGAGACUGAGUACCCAUUUUGUGCUAUUGAGAAGUGCUUCUUUUCAGUGACCUCGUAGAACAUUUGAUGUAUUAUUGUAUAUGUUUUACAGCAAAAUGUAUACACAAGUAUUUAUUUUCAUUUUUUACAUAUUAAUUUACAUUGUUCCGGGAGCUCUUUUACACUUACGAACGUGUUAUUUACAAGAACAUUCUGAUGAUGUCUGUUCCAGUUCAGCUAGCGAAUGAGACCAUUGUUCUUUCAUUUUAG